AUGAGUACUCAAACACCCAUAAUUAACGACGUGCUAGCAUUGUUGCAGAAUGUCUAUGAUUUUUUGGACGAGGGCCACCUCUUGGACCUCUGCAAGUCUGCCUUCAAGAAACCCGAGAUAAACCGGGCAAGAUGGCUACUGUUCGAGACGCUCGACAAAGUUGACCAGAUCCCGUCUCGCCAGAGAGAUAGCACCGACAAUAUUAUCCAGGAUAUUGUUACUGUGUUCAAGGAGACUGACCCGGAUGAAGUGCCUAAUUUCGUGGUGAAAAAUAUUUUUAAAGUAUUGUGCUUUGAGUUUAACCACUUCGACGUCACUAAGAUUCUUAACGAUAUCAAAACCAUGAAAACCAGUCUGGCCGAAUUGCAGUCAAAGUUGGUGGAGUCAAAUAAUACUGUAUGUGACUUGCGUGCCGAGGUAGUUCAGUUGCGCAGUGCUGCUUCAGCAAGUAAGUUACCUGAUACUUCCAAUGUGAACGCAGGAUGUAAAGUACCGCCCGCUGCAACCGGCAGUGAAUCGGUGGUGGCAACUGUGUCACCAGUUGAACCUGUAAGCGUAGCCUCACACGCCGCCGCCAACAGUACUUCCGCAUUAGUGCAAGAACCGGCAAGUGUCGGUGCGUUAACUGCUAAUCGUGUCUAUGCAGAUGUCGCCACCACUAGCCAGUCGGUACCACCACAGAAAAAGAAAGUGGUUCAAACAAAACUGGACCAAACAAACCAGAUGAGUUUGAAAAAGGACACAUGUGACGAUGAUGGCUUCAUCAAGGUGGAAAAGAAAAAUAAGAAGAAGAAGCCUCACUGCCGGAACCAGCGUGGUACCGCGCCGAAAGAACCCGAUAUGGUGCUACGUCCAGCAACACCCACGACGCAGCUGUACUUGUCCCGACUGCAUCAUUCCAUGACGGUAGAGGACGUGGUCAAAUAUAUACGAGAGCUGACAGGCUGGACAUUAAGAGUGGAGAGGUUGGAGUCGCGCUACAAGAUGAAUUAUAAGUCAUUCGUAGUGCGUGUUCCAUCAGAUCAUCUGGACACCUUCCUCAAGGAAGAGUUCUGGCCGACAGGUGUUGUGUAUCGCCGUUUCCGUGGCCGGCUACGGAACACCAGUCAGCGGGACACGACGCCGGUUCUUCGUGUACAUUAA